GGAGUACACAGAGCGCCCGUGUUUUGGUCCGUUACUACAGCUGACUGCCGCAUGCCCAAGACAUCGGUGGCAUAAUGUCUUCGGAUGCCGAGAUGUCCGACGUGGAUGCGGACGUCGACGCGGAGACAGAAACGGAAGGUAGUGACCUCGAGGACGGCCUGUUGUCGGACAGCGACGCGACGGUGAGCAACGUGUCAACGGUGAGCGACGCCUGGGACGGCGACCUGGACAUUUUCCUGGGCUCGGACGACGGGAGCGACUCCAACGACAUGCACUUCGUCGAGACGGAGAGCUACAGCGAUGACGAGGAUUACGACGAUUCGGGUGGAUCAUCGGUCCAGGUGCUUUCCGAAGCAGAGCAGCUGGACGUCUCGAGCGUGGUCGAGGUGUGGACCGCCCACGAUGAAGCAGAUGCCGCCAACGUGGAUCUCUCGGCAGAUGACACCUUGGAUAACGACGUGGAAGAAGAUCAGCCUCAGGAGCAGGUCCGGAGUUCCACUCCGCCGCAGCCGGACCCCACGGCACCUCCGGCUCCGCCUGCCCUGGAACGGAGCGUGGCCGAAGAAGAGGGAAUGGUCUGCACCAUUUGCUUCGAAGCCUGGACAAACUCCGGGGAGCACCGCCUUGUGUCCCUAAAGUGCGGACACCUUUACGGACAAAACUGCAUCGAGAAGUGGCUCAAGGGUCAGCCAGCCAAGUGUCCCCAGUGUAAUGCAGCUGCCAAAAAGGCGGACAUUCGUCACAUUUAUGCCCAAAAGCUCAAGGUCCUCGACACGACAGAGUUGGACCGCGUGGUGACGGAGCUCAACGUGGAGCGCGAGAAGCGCAAGCGCUCCGAAGUGGAGGUGGUGUUGCUCAACCAGAAAUACAAGCUGCUCCACUGCGACUACGAGAAGCUCAAGGCCGAGCUCAUGGAUCUCAAGGAAGUCCAGAAGAAGAUGAGGUGCGAGGCCCCCGCCUGGCUAGGAGAGGGCAGCUCUAGGUCGCAGUCCCAGCGGAGUUCUCCGGGAGGCUUCACAUUGGACCGGGUCCUGCACCUGGGGUCGUCGACCUCCUGCCGCAACCUGGCCACCUCUGCCAUUCUGGGCAUGCUGGUGGCUUCACAGAGCCAGAGCGGGCUCUUCAGGGGAUAUGGCAUCCGCAAGGUGUCGCUGUUGGACUUCAAGUCUUCCGAGUUCAUCCUGACACACCAGGGGGAGAUCCGGGACAUUGCCUUCCACAACAGUGACGCGCUGGUGCUCAGCGCCUCCCUGGACAAGUCUGUCAAGCUCACCAGCGUCCUCACCAACAGCAUUGUCCAGACGUACCCGCAGCCCGUGGAAGCCUGGAGCUGUGCCUGGGACAGGGAGAACUCGAACCGGUUUUUCGCCGGCCUGCGCAACGGCACGGUCUCGGUGUACGACCUGCGGGUGACCAGCGGUCCAGUCUGCAGUCUACCGGGCACCGACCGGUAUCGGCCUGUGGUGGCCAUGCAGCACGUGCCCAAGGGCCACCCCUCCUCCGAAGACAGGUCUCCGUCGGGGCUGCUGGUGUCACAGUUCCAGUUGUGCACAUUCUUCGAGAAGAGAUCCGAGACAGAGUUCCAGUCGCAUCCACUCGACCUGGAAGGAAACUGCACGUCCGUGAGUUUCGAGCCCAACACGCGCCAUGUGUUGAUGACCUGCAGGCCGACGCCAGAAACACCUUUCGUCACUCAUAAGGUGUGCAACCUGUCGUUCCCCGCCUGCCCGGACGACUCGUCGGGCUCCUUCCACGUGGUGCAGUCGUUCAGCGGGGGCCCCACCCAGGUGCAGCUCUCCCGGUCCUGCCUUUGCGUCGACCCCGAGGAUGUGUCCAAUUUCUGGGUCAUUGCGGGCGACGAGUCUUACAAGGCGGUACUCAUCUGGGAUGUGGCGUCCGGCAAGCGCAUCCACCAGCUCGCCUCCGACGGCAUCGUGCUCGACCUGGCGCCCCUGGAGACUGGUGGUUCGGGCUGGGGCCUGGCGGCACUCGCCAAGAGCGCUCUGUCGCUCUACACCUGGAAGGCCCCCAACUGAUCACGUGCCACGCCAGCGCAGAAGUAACACCGAUUACAUCGUCUUCGCCACUGCGGACCUUCCUGUGUCGACGGCCGGACUUCCAGCGGUCGCCUUUACGCCACGUGCCGGAAUCUGCCGCAAGAAAAACGGGAUCCUCAAAAACUGCAUUCACUGUGUCAUUUUUUUUUUUUUUUUUUGAGUCUUACGGAUAUAUUAUUAUUAUUUGUGCUUGUAAAUAGACACUUCGUAAGGACGUCGGCACGCACAAAAUGCAGUGUUUCAUCGUGGGAAACGGAUGGACGAAGAGUUGAGAUGGAUACGGCGGUUGCUUGGCGGGGAGGGUUUGCGACCGCUGCCCCUCUCGGCUUUCGAUGGUGUGAAUGCCGUCGAGGCUCCGAAGAAAUGUAAGAAUUUUACCUCGAGAUUUGGGGACAAAUGGACAUUCAACUGGUGAUUUUUGAUUUUAUUGUGUUCUUUUUUGGAGGGGUGGGGGGGCUAGUGUUGUAUAGCGAACGGGACAAUCCAAGGUAUUGAAAGUAAGUGGGUGAUUCUUGGGUUCUUCAAAAGCGUGACUCAAACGACGUAACCAUAGUUAUUAGGUCAACUCAGUCACGGAACUGCCCAUAGAUGCCACUUCCACGAGCAGUACCCUCUUUCUCUUCCAAGGUUCACCUCUCGUCGUUUGAAGCACUGCCAUAUCUUGGAGGGACGGCCGCUAUGCUAAUUACAGUUACACAAGUUUUGGAGCGCAGCGUUUAUAUGGGGCUUCACUGUAGUGUAUCCGAAGAGCGCAGUUUUGGAAUGCAGCCUUUAGUUGACGCUUCAAACAGCGAGUGGCGGGCUUCAGCUUGAGAGGUGAGUACCCCCCUCCGUAAGAGUUCCACAACUGAGUUGAUCUAAUAAUGUUGGACGUAACUGAUAUCAUUUUUUUGUCAUUUUGGCUGUUAUAGUUUGCAAACAAAACAGUGGCAGGUGGCUUUCUUUUUUUUUUUUUAAUUUGAGCGAAUACAGUGUUUUUAAGGGGUAUUAAAAUAAAAUUCAUUGUUUGGUCCAAAUUUGUUUAUUUCGGCUUUUUUUUUUUUUUUUUUUUAAAGACUUUCAGGGUAAGCGAGACAUGCAGCUCUCUCAUUUUGUGAGGCUUUUGAUGGCAAUGUGCCAACUUGUUUUUAAACUUUUUUUUUUUUUUAUUUCUGGGUUUGGAGAUGCGGUGUUGUACUUGGGGACCGUUUCUUCUUGCUUCUUCUUUUUUUUUUUUUGGAGCAUGCGAAGUGAGAAAGUGUUGACUGUGUAUAUAUGUGCCGUGGCAGUCUGUGCGACGCUCCAGGGUUGUGCGACAUGCCGUUGUAAUGCAAAACACUGCAAUAGAGUGCUGUCCUUUCUUUUUUU